CAUGAGAAAAUCCCGGAAACCAGACAGUCAACUUCAUCCUCUGAGUCAACGCAACCGCCGACUGUCUCUUCUGAUUACGCUCCCUACCCGAAAUUAGAACCGAACGACGUCGCUCCUCCACCGGAAAAUUGGACCAGCGUUUCCAUGGGUUCCCAAUCGGAUCCCAGUCCACACCCGGCACCGAUCUCUACCAGCGCUGCCACCAACAUGCCUGCCGAGUCGAAUCCUUACGUUUCUCCGGCACCAGUUCAAUCAUCUUCCGUCAAGAAUGAGAUGGAAUCAGUGAAAGACGUGUUGGGGAAAUGGGGAAAGAAAGCAGCGGACGAUACUAAGAAGGCGAAAGAGAUAGCUGAGAACAUGUGGCAACACUGUAAUUAUUUCUAUCUUUUUAUCAUUACCCUUUCUCCGUUGCUAUUUCUUUACUAUUUUUCUUUCAUAUUGUCAACUGAAUGAACAGUAUGAAGUACAAUAAUUGGCUUAAGUUAGUU